GUCUGCACACGGUCAAUAGUGUUAUCAGAUAAUUGUACUCCCUACACCAUCAGUAAUAUCCAAGUGUCCAACCACCGUGGUAGUGCGAGUGCGAGGCAAGUUCGGAUUGUGCAUUGUUCAUACAUCUUUACAAAUUUGCUAUUCCGGUAGCCGAUUGAACAAAAUGAGUUUGGUGGGAAAAAUCAGUAAAAAAGCUGCCAAGCUGGGCAAAUUACCGUUAGACGACGACAACGUGUUGAUCGAAUGCGAGAGCAAAGAAAAGGAAUGGGUCAAGAAAUGUGUACUGGAGACCUUCCCGUCGUGUUCCAUAACGAAGAUCAGAUCGGUGAACCACAGACAAAUGUACGGCAUGUACUUGCUGCGCAAAGAGGAACUGGAACUCAACGGUGGCAGAGUGGAGCAACGACUUCUGUACCACGUGACCGGUGUUGCCAACGCAACGGCAUCGUUGCAAGACGGGCUGGACUGGCGCAGGACGAAAAGAGCCAAGUUCGGCCGAGGGGUUUCGUUUAGCGAUCACGCCAAGUACGCAGAUUGUUACGCCGACAACAGAAACACCGGAGGCCGUGUGAUCAUCGUGUGUUCCGUGCUGAUAUCAAAAGUAAAGACGCUGGACCACGGGUCUCGCAUGGUCGUUCACGACGUGCACCACGCCGGCGACGGGUACGACACGACAAUGAGCUCCACACAACGGGUGUACGUCAAGUACGACGAUUUCGAGUUCUACCCCAUGUACAUGGUGCACUACGACCAUAUCGUGCGCAUCCGGUUGACCAACAACGUCGGCCAGUUCAGAGGGUACGUGCGGCCAAUUUCGGCCACAGAGUUCCGCGAAGAAAACGACGGCGUUACCACAACCGCGGUUAGGGUCAGCAACGGCGACGGCGGUACGACAACCGGUGGGAAUACAGGGCGGUCGCGUAGCACAUCACACGUGGACAUGCCGAAUUCCUGGGGAUCGAUGGACGACGAAUUAUAUGACUACCUCGAACAAAUGUGUUCUAAAUAUUUUUAGUUUAUAAUAUAAUAUUAAUUGUGUUGAUGCCAUUAAAAAACAUAAACAUUUAGCUGUAUGUUAAACAUAACAUUGCAGUCGCGCUAAUAAUAGCUGAGUCUAGUUUUAAAAUACUAAUCUCGCUUUGAUUUUUUUCCUACGCUUUGUUAUUUUUGAUAAUUAAACAUUAUUAUUAUUUUUUUUUUUUUUAAACAGCAAUUAUUGAAAACGGCACACAUAGU